AAUUGACUGAUAUAAAAUUUAGUACACGGUGAAUAGCCGUAAACACUCGUUUAAUGUCACUAAAUAAACUGACGUGGGAGGAUGAUGUAUCUACAGUGAUGUGACGAUGAUGAUAAUGAUGAUGAUUAAAAUGAUGAUGUGAUGAUGAAGUUACAAAGAACUGUUGAUAUCUAUUGAUUAAUGGAAACACAUUGGAUAGGUUUUUUGCGUCUCCAUGGGGUGCGUUAACCAGUUCCUAUAGAAGCAGAAUUUGAAGAUAAAGAUAACCUAAUCACUGACGUUCAAGAUAACGAAGUAGCUAAAUCCUCAACAGUCGAUCGUAUCCUUCUUCAUCAUAUCUACAAACAGUGAUAUUUACUAUAUUUAAUGCGUAAGGGUGCUCAAAAUAACAAUUAGAAAGGCUAUAUUAGGCGACAGGAGCGUGAAAUGUUUCCACAUGACUAAACUAGAAUAUCAUUAUCAAUGUCCAUAUUGAUUUUUUACACUGUACCUGAUGUAAAUGAAAGUUUAUCUGUUAUCCCAGUGUGUAUAAAAUAACAUUAUAUAUAUUGUCCUGGAAUAAAUAUUGAAGAGAAAAACCAUGGCUCCUAUAGAAUACACAGAAAAGACUCGAUUGAGCAGCAGGGAUGCUCAUCAUCAUCGACCGUUUUUUAUAAAGAAUAUCACAAUCAUCGCCAGGAUGUGUGGGUUUGGGGUAGUUAUUUUGAUUUGGUCAGCGGCUGUAUUAUGUAUACAUAGAUACCCAGAUGUGCCUUAUCUGGGAUGGUAUUUAGUAGCUUCUGGUCUUCUGAUUACGUUCUUUGAAACGGUCUGGAUAAUGGAUAAAUGUGUUUGCUGCGCACGAGUUGGAUGCUGUUGUACUCUGUGGAGUGUUAUACUGUGGGUAGACUGCUGGAAGAAAGGAGUUCUAUAUAUCAGUUUAUCUAUUCCAAUGUUUUUAAAUGGGAUGAGGGUGUAUAUAGGAAUGAUAUGUGGUUUUGUGUUAAUGUUCGUAGCUUUUCUGUAUAUAAUUAAAACCUUUAAACACGGUAUAGUGUACGAGGUAUCCGAAACGAAAGUUAUACACCACGAAACCAAGAAAAUUAUUACCCAUGAAGUAGCCACACAGACUCAACCUCUCAAUCCCUUUGAUGAGCCUGAUGUGCCAGCAUCUACGCCUUCUUCACCUCGUAGUUCACAUAAAUCUAGUAUCAGUGUUGAAAUACCAGACGACAAGGGUCAGCUCCAGUAGUAGAAUAUAAAGUAAAAUUUAACAGGAAUUUCAAAUUGCCUCACAGUGAAAUAGUAAACAACAGUAAAUGAAUUCGUGGACAAAUCUGACUGAAUUUGAUCUAGUUUCUAUAAGACUAUAUUUCGCAGUGGAUAAAUAAACCCCACUAGUAUACGAACUCUUGACUUGAAAAAAUAUGAACCAAACUUCAUUAUUAAUUUCAUGUACCAUUUUGG